AGGUAGCCCCGCCCCCGCCGCGCGCCGCUCAGUUGUCUGGCCCUGUUGACCCACGGCCCACGAUCUACCGACCCAAGAAUCAGCCCGGCCCUCUAGUACACCAUGUCUGGCUCCUCCAGCGUCGCCGCUAUGAAGAAAGUGGUUCAACAGCUCCGGCUGGAGGCCGGACUCAACCGCGUAAAAGUUUCCCAGGCAGCUGCAGACUUGAAACAAUUCUGUCUGCAGAAUGCUCAACAUGAUCCUCUGCUGACUGGAGUAUCUUCAAGUACAAAUCCGUUCAGACCCCAGAAAGUCUGUUCCUUUUUGUAGUAAAAUGAAUCUUUUCAAAGGUUUCCCAAACCACUUCUUAUGAUCCAGUGAAUAUUCAAGAGAGCUCCAUUUGAAGCCUGUACAAAAGCUUAUCCCUGUAACACUUGUGCCAUAAUAUACAAACUUCUAUUUCUGUCAGUCCUUAACAUCUACCUCUCUGAAUUUUCAUGAAUUUCUAUUUCACAAGGGUAAUUGUUUUAUAUACACUAGCAGCAGCAUACAAUAAAACUUAGUAAGAAAAAAAAAAAAAAA